GGUUCUACUAAUUAGUCCGUCAAUUUAAAGCAGCAGCGCUCGCGGAUCGCUAGCAGUAAAUAAAUAAAACAUAUAUUAUUUAAAGCCACCAGAAGCCCUUUAAAAAUCUACAAAGUAUCUAAAGAAGUCGCUUCACAAAUAUGGUGUACGAGACAUCAUAUGGCACUGGGCAAAAGCCCUUCACUCCCGAUCCGAAUCGAGGGAUGUGGGAAAAGCCAUCGGAUUAUAUAUUUGCCUGCUUUGGCUUGGCCCUGAAACUGGAUCUGUUUUCGGCCUCAUAUUGGUUCUUCUUCGAUAUGGGCAUUUUUAGCAUGAUGCCCUACUUUAUCUAUAUGGUGAUCUAUCUAGUGCCCAUUUUGGUCAUACACUCCUUCAUGGGUCAGUUCUCCAGCAGUGGCUUCAUCUCCGCCUUUCGACUCUCGCCCUUCUUCAAAGGAAUGGGCUAUGUUAGUGGAUUCCUCGCAAUCUCCAUGCUAAUAUACUAUAGCAUUUUUGCGGCAGUUCCUUUGCUCUUCAUGAUCAACUCUUUCAGACCCACGCUGCCCUGGAGCUGCGAGGGCAUGAAGUCCUGGUACAAUCAAUCUUCAGACACAUCAACUAUCUGCAAUGUAACGGAUGGAAGAGAGAGCUUGGACAGCGAUUACAGCGAAUACAAUUCGUCAUUUUACCUCAAAAUGCUCGAAGUUCCAUCUGUUUUAUAUUUUCAAAGCCACUUUGAGAGUAUGGAAUAUAUGUAUGGUUAUGAGGAGGAUAAGGACUACGACCUCUCGUGGCACUUUGUGGGCUACUUCGUGCUAAUCUGGGGCAUAAUCGCCCUGAUCUUCUACAAGUUCUCUGAAACGGCCAAGUUUGGUAAACUCAUUAGAUAUAUGGUGCUGGGAACACUGGGCCUGCUCGUCGUCUGCUUCGUGCGAUUCCUCUUCCUGCCGGGUGCCAUGAAGGGACUGCUCCGCUUCGCAACGCCACAUGAUCGCGAUAUGAUGGGCAUGGCAUCCACGUUCGUCAUGGUGCUCCACGCCUUUGGAGCCGGCUGGGGCAGUGUGAUCACUCUUUCCAGCUUCAAUAAGUUCCAGACGAACAUCAUGUCCUACAGUUGGAUCAUUUCCUUUGGCCAGAUCUUCAUUUACAUACUGUUUGGCAUGGUUAACUUUAUGCUGGAGUAUUACUUUCAAGAGGUCAAGGUGGCAUCAUAUGACACUCAUGUGAUGUCCCAUUGGAUGUUGUUCUUGUCCAGUGCCAGUGUCAUGGCCUCCAUGGAAUUUGCCAACUUGUGGACCUUUAUUUACUAUACCAUGCUCUUGAUGGCCAGUCUUACAGUGAUGAUCACCCAGAUCUUUACCAUCUUGCAAAGUUUGUUUGAUGAGUUCGAGCAGCUGCGAGGGCGGAAACAGGAAGUGACCUUUGGCUUAAUUGGCGGACUUGCCCUCUGUUCGUUCAUCUUUUGCACAAAUGACGGCGUUUCCUACUUUUCCGCCUUGUCGCUGGAUGCCAUUUUCUCGCACAGUGUCCUCCACUUGCUCCUCCUGCUGGUGGUCUUGUGGAUCUACGGACGAGAGCGAUUCCAGCGGGACAUUGAGUUCAUGCUGCGUCAACCCUUUGCCUCCUGGAAGGUGUUCAUACUCCGCUUUAUGUCGCCAUUUAUUCUGGGAAUUUGUCUGCUUGCGGGGUUAUCUGCGGCCAUUUUCGAGCACUCUUACUCCUCCAUGGUGGUGCUUGUGAUGGCCAUUUUUCUGCUGGGCCUUCCCCUGCUCUUCAUUCCCGGCUACGGGCUGUACUACCUUUACCAGAGCUCGGGCACCUUCUGCGAACGAUUCAGACGCACCUGCCGGCCCACAGACUGGUAUCCGGUGGACAUGGAGGACCGGCAGCGGUACGAGGAGUUCGUGGGCAACACCGAGAUGACCCACCAGCUCUUCGAGGUCACCGAGGAGGUCAACUAAGUGCAACUGAAAGUUGCAAAUACUCUUUAUUGGCUGUACAAUUUUUGAGAUACAUGUUCUACAAAUAUAUAUUCACACAUAUUGUAA